AUGACUGUGUGUAUGAAGAGCCUGCAUGGUGUGGGUGACGAGUCGUACGGUUUAACCCGCGGGCCAAUGGUCGCCUACCACGUGGCGAACGCAGGUUCACCUGUCUGUGGAGCGCCAGAGGAGAAUAUGCCAGCGGCCAUGGGGCUGGAAGUCGCCGGAGGCGGCGUUGGCGCCGGCAGGCACUACCUGGAGGCGGCGGGAGGCGCCGGUGCUGAGGUGGCGGCGUUGUGUGGUAGCGGGUGCCGGUGGGAGGAGGGAACCUGCGUACGGAGCGGGGCGGCGACGUCACGGAAGAUGCCGAAGGAAGUCGUCGGGCGGCGAUCGGCGGUGCCAGAGCCGACGGGACUCAGCGGCACUGGAAACAACGUAGGUGACAGUGGUCCGGCAGGUACGGGCUGCAAUGAAUGGCAGACAGGUACGCGGCGGGAACAGAGUACGAGCGCGGCAAGUGGAGCGGGGAGCGGGCGGAGCCAGGCUGAGAAGCAGGCGUGGAAACCAGCAGCGGGCCGGACAGCCGACAGCACAGGAAGGCGACGGCCGGAAGGGAAGCGGCGGUUGGGCGGAGACUGGCCGGUGGCGAGAGCUGGCCGGCGAGGGCCGGAGCGGCGACAUGCAGCAGCCGGCGGAAGCGUCGGUAAACGACAGCACGGGGCCCGAGGGAAGGCAGCGACAGGGUCAUACUGA